AAAUUGAAACUUUUUUCUCGAUGACUGAAAGUUGAUUCUGUUGAGUUUGGUUGAACAAUUAUACAAAGGUCUAUUUAUGGCAGUUUUUAGUAACUGAAAACCGACUUUAUGGCGUCAUUCACCAAAGAAUCUUCUUCUGACGAUGGGAACAGGGAAAAGGCUUACAGUGAAUCACCUCCCUCCAGUGGCGCUUUUACACCUGGAGUUACCUGUAAAGUAGGUGUUUCUUCUUCUGUGGCAGUUGAUAAGCACCAGCAGGUCCCCUCUCAGCAGAUUCCACUCCCAUUUGGUGUUUCCAACUUGGAAAGUGAUUUUUAUUCUGAAAAUGUAACUUGUGUCGGUGAAAACAAGAAAAAUAUCCAGGACAAUAAGGCGCCCGUAUAUCCCAGUUCCUUCGAUGCCGCCACAAAUAAUCUGGAUGCUUCCAUAGUUCUCACAAAACAGGCGUCAGGUGAUUUCACAUUAUCCAACACUGAGUCGAAUGUUACGACAAACUCUGUCAAAGGUAUAGAUGCCACUGAAGGCAACUUGAACACAACACAAAAUGCCAGUAUUCAAAGUGAACUUCGAGACGAGAAGAAUGUGGAUAGAGGACCUCUACUCACAAAGGAACAGUUUGACGACUUGGUUCGUAGAUGUUCAUUUUUUGCUAUAUAUAGUUCUGCCAAAGUUCCCAAAGUACGGUAUAAGCGUCUGGAAGAAUCUGUGCUUACAAUUUGUCGUUUAUUCUACACUCGAAGGCAUAAGAUCGAUUGGUUUGUGGAGGAGUUGAACCGAAGUGAAGGUCAUGAUUGGACGGUUUCUCAGUGGGUGGCUUUCCUUCAUGGCUCCAAUUUUAAGAUGGUGAAAUUGAAAGCAUAUAAAGGAAUUGGAAACUUUUGCUAUUAUAAUGGAAGCGUAUUUACAACUGCUGGUAUAUUGGGAAGCUGUAAGUGCUUGAGGGAGGUUCGUACAGGCUUUGGUGGUAAACAGGGCAAUCGCGAUGUUCUUGCUGAUGAAGAACUCAAAGCGUUAUAUGAGAGCGAAGAGAUUAUCAAAGUAGAUCCGAACGCGUUUCCAGAUGAUUCGGAGAUUGCACCUCUGAAACCUGUGAGACCUCGUAUGACUUUGAAGAGGCAAUCAGAUAGCAUUGCGCAAACUUAUGGCCUGGAGAAUAGUUCUUUAAGGAAUCCCAAGAUUAGUUAUUCUUUAACAAUGGGAGAAGUUGUCGGUGAUGGUCCUUCAAAGACAGGUAGCUCACCUAUGGAGACGGAUUCUGAGGUUGAAGGUGCAGAAUUGGAAGCUUCUCAACAAGAAAACGAUAUGGAAAGCACAGAAAGCAGUGAAAGUGAUACAAAGGAUAGUACUGAAAAGGACUCUGCUCGUCGUGCUUCACGUAAGAGAAUCCGAGAAAAUUCAAUGAGUCAAAGUCUGAACUUAUUGGAUACAAACUCUACACAAGAUUCACUUAUUCAUGACCAUGAGAAGUUUAGUUUCAGUUCUGUGAGUCCGAAGGAAACUACGCAGUCAAGAUUGGAUUCUAGAAACCAAGAAGCUUCAGAUGAAUAUAUAGAUUCCAUUCUGACAAGAUUUUCUGUACAAAUGCAAGACAAGUUGGAUCGUGCUAUUCAGGUGUUAGAGACCAAAAUGGACCUUAUCACCCAAAGAGUAUCAAAACUAGAAGAAGAAAGGUUAGGAAGAUAAAUUUCUUAAUAAAUAAACGUAUAUUGCCGAUUUAUAAU